AUGGUGCCCAUCUGGUGGGCCCGCCACGGCUUCUACAUGCGAGCCGGCGAGAGAGACACCGCCGCCCUCUCUGGCGACAUGUUCGCCUCGCUGCUGCGGCCACUACAUCAGCACGUCUGGCUCAUGCUCUUUCUCUCUUUGGUGGCGCUGGCCAUCGUGCUCCUCACCUCAGUCCGCCUGAGCCGCGGACCCGCCGAGAGUGGACCGACCCGCCGCGAGUUCUCCUUCGGCUACAGCUGCCUCUCCGUCCUGAUGACGGUGACCGGCCAGGGCUGGGCUGUUAUCCCGGAUUCCGGCUCGGCUCGAAUAGUCACCUUCACCAGCUGGUUCAUAGGCCUGUUGAUCACCUUCCACUACACGGCCAACAUGAUCUCGCAUCUGACGGCGGUGCAGCCGGCGGCGCCCAUCAGCAGUCUGGCAGAGUUCGCCAACAGCAACGACUGGACGCUGGCCGUAGAGGACGGUUUCGGUAUCAUCGGCUCCUGGGCGCAGAAGAGUCCCGUGCCGGCCGAGCGUCACCUGUAUGAGCGGAUCGCCUCCGGGGAGCGGUUCCUCGGGCUGAACGCCACGCCGGAGGCGUUCCUCGCCGCCGUCCAGCCGCGCACCCUGCUCUACCACGACCAGGACCUCGUCAUCACGGCUAUCGGCGAGGAGGCGUGUCAUCUUCUACCGCUGGUCGAGCCCGGCCGCAAAAGCAGACCGCAGGCUACUUACAUGGUGUUGAGGAAGGGCCUGAAGCCGAUAAGGAGCGCCAUCAACAAUGUGCUCCUGCGCCUGAUGCAGACGGGCGUCCUGUCGCAGCUGAAGCGACGCUGGCUCCGCGGUAGCCGGCAGCUCUGCCCGGACCAGCAGCCAGCCGUCCGGUCUCUGACGCUGGCCGACAUGCUGGUCGUGGUCAUCAUUGUGCCGCUGGCCGCGAUCGGAGCUGGUCUCGUGCUGGCCGGGGAGCUGCUGACCAGCCGCCUGAGUCGCCGGCCGUGGCGGGGUCAUCGGCUGGGUCAACGUCCGGGUCCACCGUCGGCAGCGGUGCGGCGUCGCACCACCUCGAAGUAA